AAACCUUCGAAGCAAUAUUCAUUCAUUUCAACAUUUGUAAUCGACCCAGCUCCACGGAGGCAGGGGGAGAAAUACUAGCUAGAUGGCUAGGUAAUGUAUUGUCAAGGGCGUACAUGAAGUGAAAUCUAUAAUAGGCGGAUAUAAUGGUGAAGUCUUGGGCAGCUCUUCUUACACAGAUCAAUUCCUUGUCUUUCAUCCAUUGAUUCAGGACAACUGUAAACGCAACACCGCCAUGCUUCUUCAACGUCUUCUGUUGCUCGCAGCCACGGCUGUCAGCGCUCAGCCGUAUGAUCGUUCUCUCCUUAAUUUCGAUUUCCCUUCCAAUUCAACACCUCAACGCUUCACCAUCAAGGUUGAUGAAUCCUUCUUGAACAACACCAUCCAAAAGGUUCGCAGCUACCGCCCUACCUAUGGGCUGUCUUCUACCUGGGAUAUCGAAGGGCCUCCCACUAGAAACCUGACCGAUGUCGCGGAAUAUUGGGUCAAUCAAUACGACUGGAACAACGUUCAGGAAAAGCUAAACAACGACUUCGAUCACUAUGCAACGACUGUUUCGGGAGGCGAGAAGUAUCCGUAUCCCGUACCGCUACACUUUAUCCAUCAUGUUUCAACCAGCACAAACGCCACACCACUGCUACUGCUUCACGGAUGGCCAUCAACAAAUCUUGAGUGGUCCAAAGUCAUCAAGCCUCUGUCAGAGAAUUCCGGACAGCCAUUCCACAUCGUAGCACCGGAUUUACCUGGAUUCGGAUUCAGCCCAGAGCCACAACACCCUGGGCUGGGUUUGCGAGAAAUUGGAUCGGCCUUUGACGCCCUGAUGCACCAACUCGGUUACGAAAAGUAUGGCAUCGUUACUACCGACCUAGGAUGGGUCACCGGAAGAUGGAUGACUAUCGACGUUCGCGACAGUAUUCUUGGCCACAUGUGCGACUUCUUCAUCGCCGAAGCAACGACUGAGGACCAGGCCCGACUGGCGCAGAAUAAGACCACCGAGGAGGAAACACUAUAUAUGGCCGCUGUCGACAAAUGGUUCAGCUCGCAUUGGGCAUAUUCUGUCGUUCAUAGCCAGAAGCCCCUGACGAUAUCUCAAGCUCUAGCUGAUAGCCCUGUUGGUCUGCUUGGCUGGUUCUGGGAUGUCAACUAUGCCACUUCCAAUGGCUACCCAUACACCAAAGAGGAGCUCAUCACUGAUGCAAUGAUGAUGGCCAUACCUGGACCAUACGCGGGGAUUCGAGCUUACUUGGGUUUUCAGUCGCAAUUUCCCCACACAGACGUGCCUACGGGGGUCUCUCAGUGGAGUAUGGGCGAUGGCCCGUUCCCCGACGUUGGAAAUUUUGGCUUCGCGGUGAGUCCUCUCAUGGGACACGUGUAUCUAAACACUUAAACUGACUUUUUACAGCCAAGAAGUUGGGUUGAAAGGUCCGUCAACUUGGUGUAUUUCGAGCGACAUCAAAAUGGCGGACACUUCCCAGCUGUCAGCCAGCCCGAUCUGUGGAUGAGUGACGUGCGGAGCUUCUUUUCCGCCCUACGCGUCUCGUCUUCUGUAAGAAAGCAUGAGCUGUAGACUGUUGGGAGGAGACGACGACUUCUUUGGAUGGUUGUCCAAGUCAUUCAAUGCAGGCGAAGAGGCCACUGGCGAAACAGGAGCCUCCAUAAUCGACGAAAUUCUUGUUUAUCGCAUGGACUAGACCAAAGUCUUGGACAUCAUACCCUAUUAUUAGCUUGUAACGGUUCGUUUACCUGUACAUUGGUCCCGUUGCAUGUCUCAAGCGCUGUUAGCGUGUCCACGUAUCAUGCCACAACGCCACCGAUGCGCAGCACCAGCCACGUCCCGUCUCUCCACGACUGGUGCUCAAGAGGAUCCUGCAAUAUCC